UGAUAGGAAAUGAUUGCUACAAAAAAACUAAAGUCACUAGUCGCACCUGCUAAGGUUGGGGAUAAGACCUAUGAUGAUCUGGUAAAGGUGUUGAAAGAGCACUAUAGCCAGAAAAUUAACACGAUCGCUGAGCGUUACCGGUUUAACAAGUGUAGUCAGGAAUGUGAACAGUCUAUCAGCGAUUUCUCGGUAAUGUUGAAAACGCUUGCUGAAAAUUGUCAGUUCGGAGCGUUCAAGGAGGAACCGCUUCGUGAUCGUUUCGUUGUGGGCAUAAAAGACAACAGACUACGGUCGAAAUUGCUCGCAAAAGGUGAUCGCACAUUCACAUCCGCCAUCGAAAUUGCUUCAACGUUCGAGCUAGUAGAACACGAAACACAAGAAAUGGCACCAGGCACGAUACUCGCCAUCAAGAGUCAUCCGCACAAGGGGAAACAAGCUGUCCCACAGUAUACGUCAGAAAAAACCAAGCAACGCUGCCACCGGUGUGGCAGAAACCAUAAUGCAAGUUCGUGUCCAGCAAGGGAAUGGAAAUGUUUUGUGUGCCAAAGGGUUGGUCAUACAUCGCGUACCUGCAGAUCGCGUGGUGCGGGAUCCAGUACACGAAGAGGUAAACAUCAGUCGGUCAACCAAGUCACCGAGGAGGAUGUUGAAACCGGAGUUCAGGAAUUGCAACUGGAAGCGAAAUAUUUUGUCAACAUGAUCCAACAACACAGUAAUGGUCCUGCACAUAUUUGUGUCGAACAACAACGAGUUUGCACCCUCCAAGACCAGCUGCCGGUCACUGCAAUCAACCCACCCUUGAUGAUGUCACUACAAAUCGACGGGCGAGAGCAGAGUUUUGAAGUCGAUUGUGGUGCAUGUACCUCUAUUGUUAGCCACGCUAAUUUUCAGGAAAAAAAAUGUGAAGUUAUGGGAAAGUUCAAGGUGAUGAUGAUGGUCCCGCCACAUACCCCUACAAAGGUUUGAGCUGGACGAUUUAUCUAUAGAUAAUUAAUGUAAUCACAAUUUCAAUCAGUUAUACAAAAAAAAACGAACUGAUUCCAUUUCCAGAUAUAAACUUCUUCAAAAACUGUUUACUUGAUUCGCAUCAAUAAAGACGUGAAUUGCUGUAGAGCUACACAAAGCUAGCACAGGGUUUUCAUGACCUUCAGUCAGACUAACCACAACUACUUCAUGUAUGUUCUCUAAGCAUUCAAAUAACAAUUAAGUUUAAAUUGUAAAAGAAUCCAUUUAUAUCUGACUUCCGCGCGCGAGGCUCAAACUUAUGUAGUCACUUUCUAUUAUUUUUUAAGCUACAACAACAUAAAGGAAAAAAAAUCCAUCAUCACCACCGCGACGAACACAGUAGUUUUGUCAUUAUAUGUUAAAAAGUAAGAUCCAAUAUAAAAUAUAAAUAAAAUUUUACAACACAAUCAUAUCCGUUCGUAAAAAAC